GAAAAACUAUUUACGUCCUGACACAGGGUCCACUUCCCAACACAUGUUGCCACUUCUGGCUCAUGGUUUGGCAGCAGAAGUCCAAAGCAGUUGUCAUGCUGAACCGAAUUGUGGAGAAAGAAUCGGUUAAAUGUGCACAGUACUGGCCAACAGAUGACCGAGAGAUGCUGUUUAAAGAAACAGGAUUUAGUGUGAAGCUUUUGUCCGAAGAUGUGAAGUCUUAUUAUACAGUACAUCUGCUACAAUUAGAAAAUAUCAAUAGUGGGGAGACCAGGACAAUCUCUCACUUUCAUUAUACUACCUGGCCAGACUUUGGAGUCCCUGAGUCACCAGCUUCGUUUCUCAAUUUCUUAUUUAAAGUGAGAGAAUCUGGCUCCUUGAAUCCUGACCAUGGGCCUGCAGUGAUCCACUGUAGUGCAGGUAUUGGGCGCUCUGGCACCUUCUCUCUAGUGGACACCUGUCUUGUUUUGAUGGAAAAAGGAGAUGAUAUUAACAUUAAACAAGUGUUACUGAAUAUGAGAAAAUAUCGAAUGGGACUUAUUCAGACACCAGAUCAACUCAGAUUCUCUUACAUGGCCAUAAUAGAAGGAGCAAAGUAUAUAAAGGGAGAUUCAAAUAUACAGAAACGGUGGAAAGAACUUUCUAAAGAAGACUUAUCUCCUGCUUUUGACCAUUCACCAAACAAAAUAAUGACUGGAAAGUACAAUGGGAGCAGAAUAGGUCCAGAAGAAGAGAAACCAACCAGUGACCGAUGCACAGUGCUCUCCUCUAAAGUGCAGGACACAGCAGAGGAAAACAGCAGCAGUAUUCUACGGAGACGUAUUCGAGAGGACAGAAAAGCCACCACUGCUCAGAAGGUGCAGCAGAUGAAACAGAGGCUGAAUGAGACUGAACGAAAAAGAAAAA